AUGGCGAGCGGCGGCGGUCUGAUGAUGAAGAAGGAGCUCGGCGAGACCCACGACGUCCUCCACUUUGGCGCCAACGACAGCGUCCGCGGCGACCUCGCGCCGGCGCACCCCGUCCAGGCCACCAUCCACAAGGAGGCCAAGUUCUGGGACGAGAAGAAGUUUGGGACCGAGGCCAUCUACGGAUCGGCCUUCAACAUCCGCAGGGAUCUCGACGCCCAGAUCCUCUCCAGAGCCAUGAAGUUUACAGGCACUACUCCCAGCAGGGUUAAGAAAAUCCAUUUUCAAUGGAGUCAAUAUUCUUUAGAAUUUCAUUUUGAUGACUGUCAGGGUCAGGCGCACCAAAGGAUGGACUGUGGUUCCAUGUCCAAAGGGACAAUACUGGACCGGCAGAUGAGCGGGCUCUUGCUGAUGCAACUCCUUCUGCUGCUCAUCAACCUGUCGUUUCAUUCUCUCCUCCUCGGCUAG